AUGCUUAAGCUAAGCAUAUUACGUCUUGCAACUCAAAGCUUUCUGAGGAAUAUUAAGCAUGUUCGCAACAUCGGGAUUAGUGCUCAUAUUGAUAGCGGAAAAACAACAACUACCGAGCGCAUUCUUUUUUACUGUGGCAGAAUUAAAAAGAUCCAUGAGGUAAAAGGGGGCACUGAGGUUGGUGCCACCAUGGACUCCAUGGAGCUGGAGAAGGAGCGUGGGAUUACAAUUCGUUCAGCGGCAACACAAUGCCAAUGGAAGAAUUCGUGUAUUAACAUUAUUGAUACCCCCGGCCAUGUCGAUUUUACCAUUGAAGUGGAGCGCGCUCUACGGGUACUGGACGGUGCAAUUCUGCUCAUGUGCGCGGUUGGUGGAGUCCAGAGCCAGACCCUCACGGUUGAUCGCCAGAUGAAGCGAUAUGGGGUUCCGCGUAUUUGUUUUAUCAAUAAACUCGAUCGUGAUAAUGCAAACCCGCAGCGCACGAUCAAGCAAGCACGCGAACGGUUGGGUAUUAAUACAUGUUUUAUUUACUUAAAUAUCGGCACUGCACAAGACUUUGAAGGGGUUGUAGAUGUUAUUGAAAACAAAGCCGUGUACUUUGACGGUCCAUACGGUGAGAAGCUGCGCUAUGAAGAGGUGCCGAACUUCUUAAAGGAGGAGACUGAAAAUACUCGAAAUGAGCUGAUUGCCUGCCUUGCCGAGUGUGACGAAGUCAUCGAGGGUCUCUUUCUAAGUGAUCAAAUCCCUUCUGUUGAGCAAAUACACGCCGCCGUUCGCCGGGCGACGAUUGCGAAUAAAUUUGUCCCGGUGAUCGUCGGCUCGGCCUAUCGUAAUAAAGGCAUUCAACUCCUACUGGAUGCCGUCGAGCGCUACUUACCCUCCCCACUGGAGCGGUCUAAUCGAGGCUUUGAAAUCAAAACCGUAAAGGAUGAGGAGGGUCAGACCCACACGAUCAAAGACCAACCAGUGGAGUUUUUUACCGAUGAUGAAAAGCCCCUGGUGGCGUUCAUAUUUAAGCUGGAGGAGACCAAAAAAGCCGGCCUCUGCAAUUAUGUGCGCGUUUAUCAAGGAAAAAUGCGAAAGGAGCACCUGAAAAACGUGCGCACCGGUAAGACGUUUGUGCCGCCAAAACUAGUGCACAUGCACGCAGACAGUACGGAGGUCAUUGAUGAAGUAUGCGCGGGUGAUAUUUGCGCCAUUUUGGGUGAGAUUGACACCUCUUCAGGGGAUACCUUCAUGAGGGCUGGACCACAGUCCGCGCAGCUUCUAUCCUGCGAGGAUAUGUAUGUCCCUCCUCGAGUUAUUUCCGCCUCGGUAAAAUUCAAAGAUGGUCGAGAAACCAGUAAGGUGAAGGAUCGUAUGACUGCCUUUAUGCGCGAAGAUCCAACCUUCGUUUAUUUCAGGAAUCACGAAACCGAUGAGGACAUCAUGGAGGGCAUGGGUGAGCUCCACUUGGAUAUUUAUCGUGAACGUCUUAAGCGUGAGUACAACUUGGAAAUCAAACUGGGCAAGCCUACCGUAAACUACCGUGAAAUCAUCACAGAGCGGCGUGAUUUUGAUUUCGUCUUCAAGCGGCAGAGCGGUGGGGCGGGGCAGUGGGCACACAUUAAGGGUUAUAUCGAGCCUCUGAAAAUUAACAUGAUGGCGGAAAAAGGCACAAAGAACAAGGUCACCUCCAGCUGUCCCAACGGUGAUAUCCGUGAGAACCUACAAAAGUCCGUUAUCAAGCACCUGGAGCGCAAGAUUCUUGUAAGCGGGGAACUCAUCCAUGCCCCGGUGUGGGGUGUACACUUUCACCUUAGCGGCGGCGCCAUGCAUGAGGUGGACUCGAACGACUUCGCCUUCCGAAACGCCACGCAGGAGUUGUGGGAGACGACGCUGCCCAGCCUGAAGCCCACACUUGUGGAGCCUUUUAUGAAUGUGGAGAUUACCGUCCCGUCGGCAAACAUGACGGACGUCACCACCGAGUUCACCAAACGUGAGGGUGUGGUGGUGGAGAGCUCUGUGGAUGGACCGGAUGCGGUGGUUCGUGGGGAGACGGCGCUCGAUACCAUGUUCGGAUUUAUUUCCGAUCUCCGCCGGUUGACAAAAGGACAGGGUGAUUUUAGCAUGGAGUUUAAGGAAUAUCGUCCAAUGUCUCAGUACAAGGCUCAGAUUUGUAUGGAUGAACGUAACAAGGAGCUGGGCCGGACGCAGUAUCAACUCAGUUAG